AUGCCUGGAGAAGGAGGAAAAACAGAUAUGGACCGACUUGGCCUGUUCAGUGAAAUGGAAUAUGUUACUAUUGGGGAUAAAUAUGUAUCACCAUAUAAUCGACCUUUUAAUGAAGCUGCUAGCAAAAAUAGACAGAUGUUGCCUGGGGGUAGUAAAAUGAUGUCAGCUCUACAACAAGGUUACUUUGAACCUCAGUUUUUAAGGAUAUUUGAAGGUGAGGGCUACAUAAGUCUGAAUCAAGUAAGGAGGCGACAAAUGAUAGAAGAAGCCAAAAAAAAUUUAAGCAAACCCUUUCUUCCCAGUAAUGGAGAAAAAAAAGCAUGUGGAUUAGGCAGCUACUUUGGAACAAUAGGUGGUCCAGUUCCAUUCUUCAGUGCCCAAUUAAAACCUCAAGAUAAAUAUGUUGCUCCUGGAAAGAAUAUGUACACAAACCCAGGAAAAAAAGGGACUGGAUAUGGCUAUGCAAAUAUUACCAUAGGCAAACAGCCCGUGCAUUCCCCUGAUAUCUACGAUACAGCAAAAGUAAAUCUUCAGAAAGAAAAUGAAGAUCACCAUCGAUUAAUUAAAGGAACACCUUUCAAGUUAAAUCUCUUUCCAAAAGAUUAUUUUGACAGUAAUCCUUAUUUCUUUGACAAAACUUUACCACCAAUUAAGAAACCAGAGGCAGUAAAAACAAUUACAACACCUUUUAAACCAACUUCUCCUCCUAAAAAGCCAGGUGGUAUGAAAGCAGGAACAUUUGACCCUUUCCCAACAUAUACCAAUGACCAGUAUGGGAGAAAACUUGAUAGAGAUGUCACUAAACAAGACAGGAUUUUCCAUCCAAGCAGUGGACCAAAAAGCCGACCAGUUUCAAGUAUAAUGUCUGCUAAUGUCAAAAAGACAUUAAAUUCAAAGAAUUACCUGACUACAUCAGUACAAUCCUACUAGCACCUGAAAGAAGAAACUUCC